UUAGCUGGUAUGGUUCAACACCGAAUUGGGUCUAAACUGACGGCGUUCGCCGGAGGAACGCUGGCACUCCUGGGGAUGACCAUUGCAUCGUUUUGUCAAACAAUCGUAGGGCUGAUCUUUACGUAUGGAAUAAUGGCGGGGUUUGGAUUGUGUCUGGGUGCCAAUGUUGUCGGCGUCAUCCCUGGACAAUAUUUUGAGAAGAAGAGACCCGCAGCCUAUGGAUUGUGCAUGGUAGGAGGAGGUAUGGGUCUGUUUGUGGCUGGCCCCCUUGCACGGUAUCUACUGGACGAGUACAAACUGCAUGGGACACUACUCAUCAUUGGUGCUAUUGCAUUUCACAUGUGCGUUGCAGCAUCCCUCAUACGUAAACCACCACUGUCCAUCAGAACUAUUGAAAUUGAGCAAAAAAUUCAAGACGAAUCCGUCAAGAAGAUAGAUGCAUUGGUGGAAGAUGCUUUCUGUCCGAGAAAUCUGCACUCAGAGUCUUUCUAA